GUGUGUAUAUAUUUUGACUUUUGGCUUCUUCUUUUAUCUCUCUCGCUCUCUGUCAUCUCUCACUCUGUAAGUAGUAGUAGGGUUUUGGAAAAACCCCAAAACCUAAUCCUUCCCCAUCGCUUCAGGUUUGAAUUUCAGUGUAAUGCAUUCUGUAAAGGGUAGUUGGGUUGGGCAGACAUUUGCCCUUGCUAAAAACAAUGAAUCUGAAGGAAGGAGGUCCAGAAUUCGGCGUUCAAAGGAAGAGAGGAAGGCAAUGGUUGAAUCCUUUAUAAAGAAGUACCAGAAACUAAACAAUGGGAGUUUCCCAUCACUUAAUCUGACCCACAAAGAAGUUGGUGGAUCUUUCUACACAGUACGAGAAAUUGUCCGAGAUAUAAUCCAGGAGAAUAGAGUGCUUGGUCCUGCUAAGUUUACUGUAGAGGAGCAGACUGUUGAUCAGUUCUGGGAACUCAAUCCAUUGGGAACCAUUGCUGCAGAACCACAAAAUUCUUUGUCAAUGUCAUCAAAUGAAUCACAGUUCAUCACCAAUCAAAAUCAGGGUGCAAUUGAAGAACUGGUUUUCGCUUCUGAUGGGCAUUUAGUUAGACCUGAACGUCAGAUGUUUGAGAAUGGGCGAAUCAUCAACGGUACUCAAGUAGAAGUGAAUGACAGAGAAUUUAAUGAACUGAAAAGUACAGAUUUAGAAGUAAAUGGACCAGUGGAAAUAGAGAAGCAUGUUGCUGUUGAAUCUAUAGUUUCUAAUGAGCAUUGUACUGAGCCUGAAUAUCAGAGUUUUGGAAGUGGACAAAUCAAUGGCAGCGAGGUAGAUAUGAAAGUGAAAGAAAGGCAGGUACAAACAUGUACAGAGCCGCAACCAGUUGAACCUAUGGAAGCAAAGAAGAAUGGUGAAGAAGUUCUGGCAACAUCUAGGCCUAAGGUGGCAGCAGAUGUAAUAGUGGAGACAUUCCCAUUAAAGCCAGUAACUAGGAAACCUGAGAGCUUGGAUAGAAGUUUACAAGUAGUAACAGAUUUGACUAAGUCUACUGAGGACAAAGGAACUAGAGCGAUGGAGUCAGCUUGUGUUGAUAGUUCGCCAGUGGAUAGAUUAAGUUCCAUGAAGAACAUGGAUGAUAAUGUAGCAAUAAAUCUUUCAAGUCCAUUGGUUGAAAGCAAAUCCAACCCGGUGGAUGAAGCACUAGGACAUGCCAUAGAUCCAUCACUUGAAAGCUCAAAUUCCUCAACCUUUAAUGAAGGUAUUGUGCAUGAAAAAGGAAGCACAGACCUUAGUGUCAAAUCACCUCAUAAAGAUGUUCCAACCUCUGAGAUCUUUGAACAAAGCCAGCUGACUGAGGGAUCUAAGGCUGAUAAAGCUCCAGAUAGUUUACAUGCAAAGAAUAUCAACGGUACCAGUGGUAGCAGCGAGCUGUUGAAAACCAAAGAGGUGCUUGUGGUUGAAGAUGAAGUUGAUGUCCAGACCAGCAGCAGUUUGACGAAGGGAAGCAAACCAACUUUAGACAGAAUUAAUCUUGAAUCAUGGGAAGGUGCAUCUAAAAAGUCCAAAAGACCAGAAGGUAACCCACUUUGGGAUGUAUUUAAAGCUUUUUUAGACGCCUUUGUGAAAUUCUGGUCUGAAUGAACUUAAGAGUAUAGUUUCAAAUUUUGCUAGUGCUGAGUGAGCAACGAGUUAUGUACAUGCCAGUCAUUUGUUAUUUCAUCCUUACUUAAUUGUGUGGUCUUUCUCUAGAUUAUCGCUUUAUCUUGUUCCAUACUUGACAUGGUU